UGGCAAACGGCUGGAUACGAAUCCCAACCAAUAAUGAUUGGUAAAAGCUGGCAGGCUAUGCCUCCGCUAAUAAUUGCUGUGGUAUAUCAACGUGUCUCCCCUGAAUAUCCAGUUCAUCGCCGUUGCGUCGUAUCGAUACGAAAAGAAGCACUCCAAGUGACGAAUCAAGCGUGGCCGAAACAAGCCAACUUCGAUCGGUCGUGUUCCAAAGUGAAACGUGCGUUGAUUGUUUUGUACAGAAUCAUAAAUCAACGAAUCACAUUCUGUUUCAGUUUAGGCCUACUUUGACUGUCUGCUAUCGCUGAGGAGUCAGUCCACUAAUCAGUGCGGAAAUGAUUAUUAAACUACGCGCUAAUCUUCAUUUCAGAAGAAGUUCUGAAAGUUUGCUGUAGCUCAACAUAAUUUAGUCCGAAUCUUUCUUCUCAAUGACGACGGCCGGUGGAACACGCAAUGGAGUAACAAAACAACAGAAAAUAAACUUCGCGGCUGAUAAGGCAGUGUGUAAACGGGAGCCAUAGGUGUGCAAAUAGAUCGAGCUUUCUAUUUAUUUGGAUGGUUCUAAAAUAAGUGUGGCUGUGUGAGACCUACCUAUUGGGUAGAGAUUUGUUAUGAACCUCGUUCUCGUCACUCGUCAGUGCAUCAUCAGCUCUUUCGCUAUGAUGAGACGACGCUGUUCUGUGUACCUGUGAUAAAGAGCCAUUACUCACGCACGGAGAUAAAGUUGAAGCGUCGACGCCAAAAGGCAGCAAAUCAAGUCGUUUACGUGCCUCCAAAAACAGUGAGGAAAAGUGAAAACUUGAAUGAUUAGUUCAUGUGUAGAUGUUAGAAAAAGUGGUAAGAUUAGUAGGCGGAAAAGUGGGUAACAUUACCGAGUAUUGUUAAACUAGUAGUCAACAGAACCAAGCAUAACGAUGGAUGAUAUAAACUGGAAUAAAAUUAUCUACAUUGAAGAUGAACAAAAGCUCAUUUACUUCGACCAGAAAACGUACAAACUACCAGAAGCCAUCCUGAACCUCUACUCGGACCGAGUUCGUCACCUGGAUCUAAGUUACAAUAAAUUGUCCUCGUUCGAAUCGCUGGAACUAUUCACCAAACUCGAAGAAUUAGUUCUGGAUAACAAUUACCUCACCGAUGAUAUCAUAUUUCCGGCACAGCUGGAUCGAAUCAAACUGCUGUCGUUGAACAACAAUAAGUUUUCGAAUUUGGAUCUGCUGCUGACGAAGCUGUCUCUCUGCUUCCCGAAUCUGGAGUAUCUGAGCCUGCUGGGGAACCCCGCCUGUCCGUGCCAUUUCCUAAACCUCAAGUAUUCCGAGUACGACUAUCUCAAAUACAGAUUGUAUAUCAUCCGUUACCUGCCGUGUCUCCGGAUCUUGGACGCCCAACGGGUCAAGAAGAUGGAGCGCGACUUUGUGCGCAGCCAGCAGAGCCAGGAGUACGACGAGGAAGAGAGCAGCGGCAGCAGUGGAAGCAGCCGCAAAGGCAACGCAUUGCGCCAUUGGUACGCGAGCCUAAGCACGGCGCUGGGGGUGCGUCCGAAGGAACCACCCGUCUACCAUCCACUGCCGGAGAGCCUACGCGAAGCCGGCGACCAUCGGGGGGCCUACGGGAAGUGCCGCUAUCGCUACAUUGGGGCACAGUCCGAGGGCAAUCGGUUCAUACUCAACACGGAUUUAUGAGUACAUAUGUAAAGUAAUUGUAUUUGUAGGAAUAUCGAUUUUUACACAGAUGAUUAAAAAUAAUAAUUAUAGAAAAAUA